AGCUGGAUGGACUAAUGGACAGAUGGACAGACAGGCAGCCCCUUUGACUACAUGGACAGACAGACAUACUGCCUCCAUUCUGGAUGAGUUUCUUCUGGAAAGAAGGGCAUUCUUCCUCCUCCAUCCCUCCAGAGCUGCCCCUGGCCCCACAAAGCAGAGCCCUGCCUGGCCAACACUGGCAGGGGACACCUUGAGGAGGAUGUGAACAAGGAGGCAGUGGAGGACCUCCAGUGGAGCCACCUUGAGGAGGCAGUGCCACCUGUGUCCAGCAGCAGGGAGUUCUGCAGUUUGGGGGCAAUGGGAAGGGAGGGAGAAAUUUGGGGAAAAGAAUGCUUCAUUUUCUGGAAGUGACUCAGUGUUGCGCUCUUCCGCUCGCAGGGAGAUGUUAUUUCAGGAGUGUCCUCUUGCUUGAGCCACGCCAUGCAAAACCAACUUCUGCUGCGGACAGCUUCCUGUACUCAGAAGCAGGGCACUGCUGGCUCUGUUUCAGGGCUGAAACUCAGGGAAGGGAAGCGAUUUGCUCCCAGCUGGCACGGAUUGGCCACGAUCUGGGGUUGUGACAUGCAAAUUCUGCACAUUUUGGGGCCAUGUGGCAAAGGGUGGGACUGCAGUGGUGUCAUGUCUAUGGUCCUCCCCAAAUCAGGAGAUGAAGAAGGAGAGCUUCAGGCUUGGGAACCACAUGGUGGCAUCACCCCACUUUGGAUGGGUUUGCUGUCACUCUUCACAAAAAUCGGAGGGAUUGUAACAAUAAUAAAUCUCAUAAAUGGCAACAAGUUCAACGGGAUGUGUCAGCAUCCUCUUAUGCUCCACUGCAAAGCAAAAGCAGCUUGGGAUGUGGCUGCGAUGCACUCCCCACUCCAUGAUGCUGGACUCAGGACUUUGUCAGACAGAAGACAGACUUUGUACAGCAACUGGUGCUGCUGAUGACCCCUAGCUGACUGCACUUCCUUCCUGCACGUGUUGCGUGCAGUGUAGCAAUGGGAACGGCUGCAUUCCUUCCUUUUAGUGCCCUACCACAGGUCCUGGCUGAUCAAACCAGAGCAGAGCCAGCCCGGUGCGGUGCACAGUACUCACGUCCCCAUCACCAGCAUCAUGCACCCUCCUGCCCUGAGUGCUACCCUCAUGUCUGGGGUGUCGCCAUCGACCAAGAAGAGAUUGCAGACAGACAGACAGGCUGAGCAUCCCGGAGCAUUGCUGCGUGCUGAGGUGUGGAGCAGUCUCUAAGUCAUCCCGCUGCGCUCUGCGUUGCCCCAGUCUGCCGUCCCCAUCCAACCUGGCACCCGUUUCUUGUCUGCAGCCCUGCAGCACAGCACCAUUUGGUGAAACCCUGGCACCAGGCUGCGGUCAGAGCUGUUCACACUUCCACCAGAGGUGUGACAUAGGGCAGCAAGGUGCCAGCCCCAUAGGUGCACCCCGGGGACAGAGGCAGACUGCAAGUGCCACCUCGACCCCAGGCUCCCAAGCUGGCACCGAUGCUGCCAAGAGCCUCUAUUGGCUGAAUAUUGAUUUCGGAGGCUGAUUGCAGUUUAAUGAACACGGAGCAAGAGAGAUGCAGACCCGGGUGACUUAACGAUGUGCUUCAAAAGAAGCUCUGCACAAUGCCCCAGGCACCCAACUCACUCUGUGCUCGGGAUGGACCUAAGAGGACUCCCUCGAGGAACUGAAUCGAAGAAAAACCGUAGUCCAGCUGGCAUCAUUUCCUCCCUGCAGCCUGGCACGCCCCGCUCAUUGGUCCCUCAGUCAUCUCUUCAUUUCUCUCUUUCUUUCCGUUGGGUCUGGGUGCCUCCUUCGGAGGUGGUGGCUAAUCAGUGCACUUAAAAAAGCACUGCUUCCCCAUUGCUGGCCAGUAAGGAAGUCGCUCGCGCGCCCUGCAGCACCGCUCAGCGGCACCCGGACAUGCGGCACAACGCGCGGCCCCUGGGUGUGCUGGCAGCUGUGGCUAAAGGACUCCUCCUGCUCUGGGCCGUGCCUGCACACAGCACUCAGCCCCCAUCCCCGAAGCAGACCCAGGCCUUGGUGAGGCACAUGGCCGAGGAUGCGCAGGAACUCUUCAAACUCUACGAGCAGGAGCAGCACCUGGCCCACAGCUUGUGCCGGGCCAACAGCUCUCUGGAGUGGCUGCGGGGGAAUUUGGGGCCACGGGAGAAGGAUCUACGGGCACUGCAUGGCAGCAUGACUCGCAUGGAGCGGGAGCUGCAGGACAUCACCCUGCACCAGAGCAACCUCCAUCCACCCGAUGCCGCCAUCCUGCACCGCCUCCGCGGCGCCCACCUGAAGGUGCGCGGGCUGCUGGCCCACCUGCACGACACCAUGGAGGCCCGCGGCAUCGUCCCCUCCACCAUCCCUCCAUCCCGGGGGCCGGCGGCCAGCAAGGUGUUCCAGCAGAAGCUGCGGGGCUGUCGCGUGCUGUGGAACUACGCCCGCUUCGUGGCCAAGCUCAGCGCCCGCAUGGAGCGCAUGGAGCGCACGCGGGCACGGCGCGAGGAGAGGGGCCGGCGGCGAGGCCGGCGACGGGGAUGGAGGACAACCAGACCCUAAAGGAGACCUCCAUGCCAACACCAAGCCUGCAGGGCUGCGCUCGGAUGUAGAGCUGUGCCCGGUGCUGGCACCGGGGUCACUGUGGGUUGGUGACAGCCUGCCCUGCCGGAUUUUCCAGUGAUUCAAUGGGUCCGGUGACACGGCCUGACUAAGGGGCCCAACACCCGCACACGGCACAGCACCGGCUGUGAGAGCCGCCUGUCCGUCCCCCUGCAACCCCCACUGCCAUCUCAGGGGGUUUGGUGACCCUGGAAAUCAGAGCCCCUGAGAGCUUGGUGUCCUUUCCAUCAUCUUGGUGUCCUUCCCAUCAUCUUGGUGUCCUUCCCGUCUUGGUGUCCCCACUCAUGUGGUGUCCCUUUGAGCUUGGGGUCCCUACUAGUUCUGGGACCCUUCAAGCUUGGUAUCCUUGUGAGCUUUGUGUCCCCACUCCCUUGAUGUCCCUAUUAGCUUUGUGUCUCUGCAAGUCUUAUUUUCCCUUCAAGCUUGAUGUCCCCACUCAGUUGGUGACCCCACUCACUUGACAUCCCUAUGAGUUUGGGGGUCCCAGUUAAUUUUGUGUCCCUCCUACCUUGGUGUCCCUUCAAGUUUGGUGUCCCCACUUGAUUGGUGACCCCACUAAUUUGACAUCCCCACAAGCUUGGGGACCCUAUUAAUUUUGUGUCCCUCCUACCUUGAUGUCCCCACUCACUUCACAUCCCCACUCGGUGUCCCCACGCACACGGUGUCCCCUCUCAGCAUCCUCAUGCGCACACUGAGCUCACCUCUGUGUUUUCCUCCUCACCCCUCCUCACUCUCUGUCCCCAUCAUCCCUGUGCCCACCCCGUCCCCUCAUCACCUCACAGCCCUGGGGUGUCCCCAGGUGUUGGGCACAGCCCUGUGCUCUGGCAGUGGGCACCGACCCCCCCAUAACUUAUACAUGACAGUGGUUCCUGUAUUUAUUGAAGCCGUCAAAUUAAUUUAACGCAUCCCCGCGCUGGGGACGAAUAUUUAAGUUUACACUUUUAAUAUAUAAAUGGAUAUCUAUUUUUGUUAUUUUUUUUUAAUCGUAUUGUGUUAAAGUAUAAAUGUGAUAUUUUAUUUAUGAAUGCAAAUAUUAUUUUGUACUGGAAGAGGGGACCAACCCUUUAUUUUUCUAUGGCAGCAGAU